AUGACAAACUUGUCCGUGCCUCCCGAUGGGAUCCAUGGAUACCAUGGCAACAAUGUGGCCGUGCGGACCUUGAUGGUCGUCUUCACUUCCAUCGCAUUAUACAACGCCAUUGAAUUGUUUAUAUUGUUAUUUUUGACCUUUACACAUUACCGAGGGCUCUACUUUUGGACCCUUUUGCUCUCGGUAGUUCUCGGGGUGAUCCCUCACGCCAUUGGCUAUCUGCUGGAGCUUUUUUCUUUAGCGCCAGUAUGGCUCUCUUUGACCUUAUCCACCAUUGGCUUCUACGUCAUGGUCCCGGGUCAAUCGGUGGUCCUAUACUCUCGCUUGCAUCUCGUGGUUCAUAGCAACAAAGUGCUUCGUUUUGUUCUAUGGCUCAUCGUCAUUGACGCAGUCAUUCUUUUGAUACCGACGACCGUGCUCACCUUCUGUACCGCAUACGUUGCCUCUCCGGCAAUCAUUCGCGGGUACAAUGUCAUGGAACGGAUGCAAUUGGCUUGGUUCUGCACUCAAGAGUUUGUCAUCUCAGGAAUCUACAUCACAGAGACCGUGAAGUUGUUAAGGAUGAUGCCCGACAAGGAUCGACGGCGAACCAGAAUUAUGUAUGAGCUGCUGGCCAUCAAUUUGGUCAUUAUCCUGCUCGACAUUUGCCUGCUUGUUACUGAAUACAUCGGUUAUUACGCGCUGCAAACCACGUUGAAACCUAUGGUAUACAGUGUCAAAUUGAAGCUUGAAUUUGGUGUUCUCGGAAAACUGGUCACCCUUGUGCAGAACCAUCGAUCGCAACCCACUUCUUCCGAACACGAAGAGUAUCCUGGAUUUGUGGAUCCUUCUCAGCUUACAACGGACGUCACCCAUGCGGCUCCACGAGAUUCGCGAUCGAAGGGACGGAGAGGCUGGAAUACAUUGUCUAUGGAGAGCUUGCCCAUUUCUGAGCGCAGAAUUCGCCCAUCCACGCGAUCGACAGAUGACACCCUGGAUCCCUCUUGA